ACUUGCUUCCCCACCGAGUGGAUCGUCAUCAACUUUUGCUUUUCCCAAUGGUUGCAAUGCAGAAGAAAAACCAGAUGGUGGUCAGUAUCUUCUUGCUUUCGUCUAAAUACAGCAGGAAAAAGCACAGCUGAAGCUUCUUACAGAUUGCUGGAGUAGGAUGGCCUGGUGUUGAGUAAUUGUGCAUUCUCAACACUGCUAUUUUCUUAUUUCAAAAGAGCUAGGACAGCUACAUAUAGCAUAUAGGAUCAUGGAUAGUGCAGUCAAGCCUAAGACAAGAGUGGCAUUUGUGCUGAUUGAUGGCAUAGGAGAUGUCUCUUUGCCAAGGUUGGGAUACAAGACUCCUCUGCAAGCAGCCAAAAUACCAAAUUUAGAUGCCAUUGCAUCUGCUGGAGUUAAUGGUCUCAUGGAUCCUGUUGAAGUAGGCUUGGGUUGUGGAAGCGACACCGCACACCUUUCUUUAUUGGGUUAUAACCCAAGAAUAUAUUACCGAGGCCGAGGUGCAUUUGAGUCCAUGGGUGCUGGAUUAGCAAUGUUACCUGGAGAUAUUGCAUUCAAGUCAAACUUUGCAACUUUAGAUGAGAAGACUGGAAUAGUCACCAGUAGAAGGGCUGACAGGCACUUCGAAGAAGAAGGCCCCAUCCUCUGUGCUGCACUGGAUGGAAUGAAGCUGCCAUCUUUUCCUCAGUAUGAAGUCAGAGUCAGGUAUGCAACAGAGCAUAGAUGCGGAGUGGUUGUGAAAGGACCAAAUUUGAGUGGAAAUAUAUCAGGAACAGACCCAUUAAAGGAUAACCGUUUGCUUUUACAAGCUACAGCUCUAGAUGAUACUGAUGAAGCAAAGCACACAGCUGCAGUUGUUAAUGAAUUGUCCAAGGAGAUAUCACGAAUUCUUGUUUCUCACCCUUUGAACGCAAAGCGGGCAGCAGAAGGAAAGAACAUUGCUAAUGUUGUCCUUUUACGAGGUUGCGGUAUUUGCAUUGAGGUUCCUCCGUUUGAAAAGAAACAUGGGCUAUGGCCAUGCAUGGUAGCUCCCACUAAAAUUAUAGCUGGCCUGGGCUUAUCACUUGGUAUUGAUAUCCUAGAAGCUCCCGGAGCAACUGGAGACUAUCGAACACUUCUAACUUCCAAAGCAACUGCCAUAGCUAAAGCACUAUCAGCUCCUUUGCAGUCUUGCCCUAGUGUUUUUGUACCAGGGGAGGAUGAGCACAAACCUGGCCGAUCGGAUGGCUAUGAUUUUGGGUUUCUUCACAUUAAGGCUAUUGAUGAUGCAGGCCAUGACAAGGCGAGCAUUUUCAAAGUCAAAGCAAUGGAAGCUGUAGACAGAGCUAUAGGACAGCUGGCCAGGCUCCUCUGGCAGGCAGAAUCAACUGGGAAAUUUGAAUACUAUCUUUGUGUUACUGGAGACCAUUCUACUCCAGUUGAAUAUGGAGAUCACAGUUUUGAACCUGUUCCAUUUGCAAUUUGUCAGUUGAAAGACUUUGUUGAUGCAAUGGGUGGAGAAGCCGCCAUCAUGAAAACUUCACUUGAACCAUUCCCUCUUCCAACCAUCAAGGGGGAUGAAGAUCUAACAGAAGGUUUGGAAAAGAUGGAAGAGAGAAGUAAACAAGCUUUCAAUGGUGAUUCGGUUUCAGAAUUUACUGAAAUAGCAGCUGCAAGGGGAUGUCUUGGGCGAUUCUCAGGGAGCGAGAUGAUGGGAAUUAUUAAGACAUAUCUUAAGCUAAAAGCAUGAGCUUCUGAGUAGAGGCAUUGGUUAAGGUUUUGAGCUUCACCAGAUGGUUCCCAAUAAGGUAAUGUCUUAAAUUCUAAACUAACAGAAUAAAUUUAGCUUCUCCAAAAUUUUCCCAUCAUCCUAAUCUUUCCCACUGUAGAUCUCUAAGGUGAGAGACUCUUGGCCUUUGCUUCUUCUGGUCAUGUACUUAAAGCAUGAGACUGUUGACGGUUGAGAAUACUCAGCCUUGUAUUUAUAAUUAGUUUUAAUGCAUAUCUUGAAAACGUAACUUGUUUCAA